GGGAGCCAGCCGUCUGGUAGAAUGGCUAACGGCAUUAGCCGACGUAAAACCCGAAAGAUAUAGCGCAGAAAAAAAAUUGAGUGGCAGAUUUGUAGUUCGCGCUAGUCGCAAACAAAGAUGGCUUCGGCAGAAAUCAACAAGGCUUCAUUCUCUCCUACGGCACACGCUUUUCCGUCCAUGGAGCUGCUUUCCUUGAGCAACAUAACCCACAAGCGUCAUUACUAACAACGAGGCAGUUCUGUUUAGGCCAACCUGAAACAGGAGGCUUUCAUAACACAGCAACACCAACCAGUCUUGAAGAGAAGCAUAGAAACAAAGCGCCGCCUUGCGGAUGAUACGUAGAUAUCGAAUUGGGUUACGUGAUAGACUGUGGCAGCGAAGGCAGCUCCGUUUGAAGAGCUUGUGCUGUUACUUUUUCAGCUGUUUCGGCGGUCGCUACUGCUAGAGGAAACACAGUAUCACAUCAAACUUAGUUACCUUAGACAAAUGGGAAAUGCAACUAAACACUGACUCACACGGUGUGCAAUCUGUUGCGUUUUGAGUGGAUUCAUAGGAUUGUGUCCAUUUGGCGACUGAAGUUCAGCCAGUGGCCAAAAUCACUACUUCUUGAGAGAGUUUGAAGAAUUGAAAGUUGUUGAGGAAAGAUUGGAGCUACAGAUAAUAACUCUACAAUGGAUCAACACUCAAAGGAUUCAGCCGGAACUCCGUCAGCUGGCAGUGUUACGACGAGUCUCACAACGGCAACAAAAAAUGUCAAGCUCGUAGGCUUGGCAGACAUUCCUGAAUGCACUGUGUUGUCCUUUAUUGAUGUGCCGCCAUUAAAUAUACUCUGUGCCCAGUGCAAAAGUCUUGGACCUUCUCUUUGGCGUUUUCAGUGUGGACAUGGCUUUUGCAGUACGUGUUUCACUCAGCUAAUGCCAACAGAAGUAGCAAAAACUAUCUGCCCCGUCGAUCAGCACAGUAUAUCCAGAAUGGCCGUAUUUCAGGAUUCGUCAGUGCAAGAAUCGGCUUUUCGAUUACGGGCGCAUUGCCCCAAUGAUUGCGGCAUGACAAUUCGGUUAUGCACGCUUUCUGUACAUUUGCAAUCCUGCAACAAACUUCAAGAAAAACCCGCCACAAAAAGGUGCUUCCUCAGUGGGCUGGGCUGUCAAUUUGAAGCUGACGAAGAAAAUCUUAAUACCCAUGAGUCCGACCUGCGCCUUCAUCGCACGAUGAUCUCCAUGAAGCUACAAGAGCUCAACCAUCUUGACGAGCUACGUAAUCAGAUAAACGAAGCAUUAGCAGCACUCGUGGACGCGACACGAAACCAGACCGAUAUGAAGUCGAGGAUCGCAUUGCUGGAAGGACGUAUUGAGGAAUUACGUCUUGAACAGUGUGAAGCUCCCCGCACUGAUUCACUACUUAAUGGGACCCAACAGUCUGUCCGACAGCCCACAUUCUCAUUACAACUUGGCCCAAUGGCAAUCACCACAUAUGGUGGGGAUAGUCACAUUACCCCAUUGGGUGCUAUGUCAACUAAACGCGGAGCGCAGGAGCUGGUCUGCCCUAAUGGAAUCUUCCAGUGGAAGCUCUCAGAAUAUUCUAAGGCUAAGCUCAAAGAGCGUCAUUCGCACAAAAAGUAUACGAGUUCACCAUCAUUCUACGCGGGUAGCCCAGGGUACCUUUUCAAGCUGAGAUUACAUCUAAAUGGCAUUGGCAGUGCGGGCCGAGGAAAGUUCCUUGGCGUCGGAAUCGUUCUCCUAAAAGGCCAAUUUGACCAGCAACUUGGCUACCCCAUCCACAAUCCCAUUACAGUAACUCUCGUCGAUCAAAGAACAAAAUGUCCCGAGAACAUUGAGUAUCGUCUAGGAGAUCCGUGUUUCCCUAAACCUCAGGGCAGUUAUCUUGUCCCGUGCGUAUGGCACGAAUUUGUAAAAUUUGAAGACCUUGAAAGCCCUCGAUUCCUCGUCAACGACUCGAUUACAUUCUGCAUUCAGGUAUUACCUCUUGCAUCUAAUAAUCCGGACCAAGUUUCUACUUCCAGCAACCAAACCCUGCUGUCACCGAAUCUUGAUUAAACUUGAACCCGACGCAGACGUUGGCUGGUUUGACAUCCUGUCCGUUUCACUUAAAUCAAGCGUAUAGACUACGCACGACGCAAAACAUUUUCUGGAAUCAUUUGUCUAUGUAGGUUGCGCUUGUAUCUCAUCUUUGUUUGUCCAUUCAAUGGACAACUAUCACGAAUAUUCUCUGAAAAUUACUAUACAUAUUCCGUGUUACGAAACAAUGAACAAAACAAAAGAAUGAAUCCACCCGGAAUUCAUUAAAAACUCAACGAUUUAAAUCUAUGUGCCUGAACAAAUUUUGAUAUCUAAAACUCUUCAGCUGUGUUAUAAAACAAUAUAUAUAUAUAUAUAUAUAUAUAUAUAUAUACAGAUGAUUCGUCUCUAUUAAAAUCCUGCACGGAACAUACCUGGAUAGAAUGCAUUGCUUCCUAUUCUGUCCUUCAGCACACUCGAUACCCUAGAAUUUUGGAUUGAAACUUCAAUGCACGAGUAUACAUAAAAUGGUGAAUGUGAGUUUCGAUAUUAAUGCUUCCGAUGCUGAAUGUAAUAAAAAUAAGUUUGAGAAAAUAUUGUA